AUGAUAGAGAGCUCUGAAGCCCUUCCCACGGAAACUGACUCAUUUUGGUACCAAGUAUUUGGAAGCUCAAAAGUAGCUGUAGCCAUACCUAAUAGACCUCCUGAUGCUGUACUUACAGAUACCACCUCACUUAAUCAGGCUGCUUUGUACCGCCUCAGUGGAGACUGGAAUCCCUUACACAUUGAUCCUGACUUUGCUAACUUAGCAGGUUUUGACAAGCCCAUAUUACAUGGAUUAUGUACAUUUGGAUUUUCUGCCAGGCAUGUUUUACAGCAGUUUGCAGAUAAUGAUGUGUCAAGAUUCAAAGCAAUUAAGGUUCGUUUUGCAAAACCAGUAUAUCCAGGACAAACUCUACAAACUGAGAUGUGGAAGGAAGGAAAUAGAAUCCAUUUCCAAACCAAGAGAUUUUCCAAGAAGCAGGAAGAUUGAAUCUCAUCAGCAAACCCUCACAAGGCUGAAGUUGUCCUCUCUUCACUCUCUCGGUGCCUGAAACUUUAAGUCAUUCUGCAGUGCCUUUUCAAAUUGGGACCCGCCUCAGUCCAUGUGGUAUUUCUAAUGAAAGCAGUGACUUCUGGGAGGCUACCUCAUCCCGUGCACCAAUCUUCCCACUGGAUCAUCCUGGCCACUACCUCAAAAUGAGGUGUCUCUAAUUCUAGAGUGGAAUCAGGAGGAUCCAGAUGCAUUGCCACUUAUAACUGGUAUAAAUUACAGCCCACAAGCAGAGGUGUGCAAGAAAUAGUACGAAAAUUUUUUUAUAACUCCAUGUAAUUUGUAUUUGAAGCCUUGAUCCUGCUGGUGUCCUGUUUGGAUUUCCGCCAUCCCUAUUUGGAAGUCAUACAGGGCCAAGGUUUUGAGGGAGUGGGUGGAAGCAUGAUCAUUGUGGACUGGAGCCCACAGUUGUAAGUGUAGAUGCCCAUCAGCUCGGGGGCCGUGCCUCCUGUAGGUUUGGUGUCUCCUGUGCCAUGCGUGGGGCAGGUUGCCAUGAUUCUGCUUGUAUGCACACUACAGCCAUCUCCUUUUGGAAUUUUUGCUCCAUUUACCCCUCCAGCCACACUUGAGAGGCCUUUUCUCCUCCGGGAUUUACAGACAUCUCUCUCUGACUUAAUUAGCACAUUUCAACACUCCAGUAGGGAAACAAGACAGUACCUAAUUUCAAAAACCUGCUUCUGUUAUGUUUCUGCUCAAGUAUCCUCUCUUUUCCAUGGAGUUUGGGAUUUUAGAAAUAAAAGCCAAGAUGAUCAGCAUGCUAUUUCUGCUAUGCCCUGCCGGGCUCUUCCACUGGCCAGUGAACAUAGGGUCUGCUACCCACUUGAAUGCAGAAGGGAAAACGUGAAAUAAAGGAAGAAAAGGAAAAAAA